CCAAUUAUAGCUAUUAUAGGUAAACCUAAUGUUGGAAAAUCUACUAUAUUUAAUAGAAUUAUUCAAGGUCAAAGACAGGCAUUGGUCGAAGAAAUACCAGGUACAACUCGUGAUCGUUAUUAUGGAGAAGCAUUUUUAUAUGGUAGAGAAUUUAUAUUGGUAGAUACUGGUGGUUUAAUUGGUGAACCAAAGGAUGAGGGUGAAAAAGAUCAAUUUCAACAAGUAAUUCAUAGCCAAGCAGAGAUUGCAAUAGAAGAAUCAGAUGCAAUUUUAUUUGUUUUGGAUUAUAAGAGUGGAAUUACCCCAAUCGAUAAGGAGUUGGCUAGAAUGCUUAGAAAAAAGAAACAGUCACUUAAUGGUAAACCAAUUUAUAUAGCGGUAAACAAAGCAGAUAAUGUUGUACAGCGUUCAGAGGGAUUCGAGGAUUUAAAAGUACAGGUUACAAGAUUGGGUUUCGGUGAACCAAUGCCAUUCUCUGCAUUACACGGUGAUGGUGUUCAUUCAAUGUUUGAAACAAUUCUAUCGAAAUUCCCAUACAUGGAUUUAUCAAAUGAAAGAAUAGAGCAAGAACUUGGUCCAGGUCCAAUUAGAAUAUCAAUUGUAGGUAAACCCAAUGCAGGUAAAUCGAGUUUAUUAAAUAAGAUUAUAGACGAGCAGCGUUCAAUCGUUUCUGAUAUUCCAGGCACAACACACGAUCCAGUAGAUUGCAACUUUUUAUGGAGAGAUAAACACGAGCUUUGUUUAGUUGAUACAGCCGGUAUUAGAAGAAGAUCUACUCAUAAAGUCGGUUUAGAAAAGUCAUCUGUAUUAUGGGCAUUAAAAUCAAUAGAAAAGUCGCAUGUUGUGUUCCUCGUAAUCGAUGCUACAGUUGGUAUCACCGAUCAAGAUUUAAAGAUUGCUAGUUUUAUUAUGGAAAAUAGAAAGAGUUGUAUCAUACUGGUUAAUAAAUGGGAUUUGUAUUUAAAGAAUAAAAAAACUAGAGAAGAGCUUUCAGAUCAAUUAUUCUUUCACAAUUUCCAAAAACAAAAUACAACAAAUUUUGUUCCCGUGUUAUUCACCUCUGCUAAAACUGGAUUUUGUGUACCAACUGCUAUCGAUCUUUCAAUCAAAGUAUUCUUUGAAAGAGAAAAGAAAUUAAAGAUAAGUCAAUUAUUACAAAUUAUCAAAGAGGCCACAUUUAAACACAAGUUCCCAAAGAAAGGUAAAAACAGUUUAAAGUUAAAAUAUGCAAUUCAAACCAAACAUUUCCCACCAACAUUCUUGUUCUGGGUUAACAAUCCAGAGGACGUAGAUCCUUCCAUUGUCAGAUAUCUCUUAAAGUCAAUCAGAGAGUUCUAUCCUUUCGUAGGUACCCCUAUCUACAUCAAGUUUAGAAGAAACAAA